AUGUCCUCCUCAGCGCCUACAAAGGAAUGGCUUGUCCAGAUUCCUGAUCAUCCCAAUGCCCUCGACAAGCGGCUCGCAGUACGGCCACAGCACCUGGACGGCCUGAAACCGAAGAUCGAUGCUGGGAUCGUGGUCUUUGGCGGUGCAACCCUGUCUAAGCAACCAGCCGAGGGUGAGGGACCAGAUAUGACGGGCAGUGUCAUGCUGAUCAAAGCCAACACUGAAGAAGAAGUGAGGGAGUUCUUGGAAAAUGAUCCCUACACAAAAGGAGGAGCUUGGAAUCCAAAGGAAGCGAAGAUCUGGCCUUUCAAAUGUGCAGUCAGGUCGGCGCUAUAA